AUGGACACGAUCACAGUGACGGGUAAUCUGCUGCACAUCUUCUCUCGCAAGGAGCGAGCGAAGCGAAAGCGCCAAUCGCACGAACCCGAGCACCUGGGCUUGCUUCCAGUGUCUGCUCAUCCGGGGCCCCGCUCAACGCACCCUCGGCCACUCUCCUCCUUCGCACCCGCGCCAACCUCGCACCCACAGUCUCGACGAGGCCACGGUGGGUUCCUGUAUGAGCUGGGCCUGGGCGUGGGGGAUGGAGUCGGAGUUAGGGUUGGCCAGGGAGGAUCCGGCGGGUAUUCUGCUUCGUCGCAGGCCCGCCAGGCCAGCUCCAGCUCCAGCACCAGCACCAGCAACAGCAACAGCACCGGCACGGCAUCUCAACAAUACUAUUAUGCCCGAGAAAGGAGGAGUGGCCCGCACCAGCAAGAGUACCACCACCAACACCCAUAUCAUCAUCAUGAGCACCACAAUGCGAUGCCACCUCCACAACAAUCUUAUCCGCCCUCCCGCGCAUCCGUCGACUUGUCGGGAGGCUAUCCAGCCCUGCCGACCUACGACCCAUCCAAAUACCCUCCCAUUCAGCCGUCUUUCACCGACUCCACCGUCGAUUCCUUUGCCUGGCACCAUCACCUGCCGGGCCAAUCAUCCCGACUAAGCGAAGUGCACUAUCACGACGCGCGCCCAUCGUCCAUGUACUUCCAGCCGCCGCGGGUUCCCAACCUGUGCGCGGCACCCCCGUUACCCCAACUCCAACCACCAUCCCAACCCCAAUCUCGAGCGGUUCGGAAUCAGCCGACCGUGGCGUCGAGCCACCAUCCCAAUAUGGGCUCCACGGAGCAUCACCGCUCCUCGAGACCGGGUGAUGGCAGGGAACGCAGUUUCUCGGAGCCCAUGCCCGCGGCUGCCGCUGGGCAGAGCUCCCGGGGCCCGCGACGGGCCAAGCCGGUCUUGUCGAGAUUGAUUACCAACUUUUGA